GUCCAUCCUUCCUGCCAUGCAGAAUUGCGCUUUCUCUCGUGGUUCUGCAAAGACAUCCUGUCCCCUGAUGAGGACUUCCAGGUCACCUGGUACUUGUCCUGGAGCCCCUGCCCUGACUGUGCAGAGCAGGUGGCCGACUUCCUGGCCACGCACCGGAACGUGAGCCUGACCAUCCUCACCGCCCGACUCUACUACUUUCAGAACCCCGAAGUCCGGCAGGGACUUCGCAGACUGUGUGAGGUAGGGGCCCAGAUGGCGAUCAUGUCCCUCCAAGAUUAUGAAACCUGCUGGGAAGACUUCGUGUGGAACAAGGAAUGGAACUUCAGGCCUUGGGAGGAUGUGGAUGACAAUUACCAGCUCCUGGCCAGCAGGCUGGAGGAGAUCCUUGGCUGAGGACCACCCCAUUCCCCCUCACCUCAAUCCUCACACUUUUUUUUUUCUUUCUUUCUUUUUUUUUUUUUU